AUGAAACUCGCCCUCAUUCUGUCACUUGUCCUGUUGGGGACAGUUUCAUCUCUUCACUUGAGAAAUGAGAUUAUUAAGCUAGAGAAGCUAGAGGAAGUAGACACUCAGACUGAAGAGUCAAACAUGCCAGAGAGAGGAGAGGCUCUUACCUCUGCUGACAGCUCCUCUGAGAAGAAGGAAGAAGCCACAGAGUUAGUCUCAGCUGCCGAAGAUAAGAACAUUCUGGAACCCAAGAAAGAGGAUGCAGUUUAUGUGCUGGGGAACCCAGGGUUUCAGACUGUCAGAUAUGUAUUAGUCACACAGCUGAAGACAUUUUCAGAGGCUCAGAGAUUUUGUCAGCAGAGCUACAGGGGCAACCUAAUUUCCAUCCACAAUUCUGAGUUCAACUGCAAACUUGAGAACUUAAUUAAAGAAAUCAACCAAGGCCGGGUCUGGAUUGGAGCUCACACCAAUAGCUGGUGCUUGUUCAAGAAAUUUAAAUGGAUUGAUAGGAGCAGCUGGGAUUUUUCAUACUGGGCAACAGGCCAGCCACUAUUUGGUUGGGGCUGCUGUGUAGCUAUGUGUACUAAUGGUAGUGGCUGGCGCAGGACUUCAUGUCAUUGGUCAUUGCCCUUUAUCUGUUCCUAUUGA